AUGAAUCUGGAAUUACGAGCUGCGCAUGUAUCUUCUGUCCAUGCCGCAUUGCAGAAGCAGAUUCGAAGACAGAUUAUUAAAAAAAAAUUGGUUCCAUACCGACCAGAUAGCCCAAAGGAUCUAAGGUGCCAGCAGACCAUUCUCCGUUCCAGAAGGAGGAUCGCUUGGAAAGAAAAUCCAUGA